AUGUUUUCUCUGUUAAAACGUUGGGAAUUUUCAUCUCAAAUAAAGAGGAAAUGGAUUUUUCCUAUUCGUUAUUUAACACAUUGUGUUCCUCCUCUUUAUUUGUCUUGGAAUUGGAAAAAAGAGGGUUUCCCUCCUUUAUAUUCUCCUAAAGGUCUUGAAAUUGCUUAUUUUCAAAAACAACAAUAUCACAUAGAUGAAUUAAAUAAAUUUAUUAAGGGUACUGUUUAUGAAGAUAUUGGUGAUGUUGAAAGUAUUGCGCAUCAAUCAGCUAAUCGUGCAUCUCAUUCUUAUAUUUAUAAUCAUUCUUCACAGGCUUUUAACAAUCAUUUUUUUUUUUUAGGCUUAAAAGGCAAGAUAAAAGAGCACACCGAGCCACCGAAACACUUUUUGGAGUAUCUUAAUUCAAGUUUUGGGGAUUUUCAUACUUUUAAAGAGAACUUUAUUUAUAUAGCACUUUCAAUAUUUGGAUCUGGUUGGGUAUGGCUAGUAGAAGAUUUAGUUCAACAACAACUCAAGAUUUUUCCAACAUUUAAUGCUGGUCAACCAUAUCAUGAAAGACGUUCCAUUGCAAUGGGUCUUUCUGUGGGUCAACCUGUAUUAAAUGAUGUAAUAAAACAUGAUAUACAAGUAGAGACAUUGCUUGUGCCUCUUUUAGUUGUUAAUUGUUGGGAAUAUGCAUGGAUACAUGAUUAUGGUGUUUUUGGAAAAGAAAAAUAUUUGAGAUGUUGGUUUGAUUGUAUUGAUUGGGAACUUGUGGCAAAACGACAUGCUGACAUAUGGAAAACGAAUGAAAUGGAUGAUUCGCCAUUAAAUAAUGUAUAA